GAGACCGACCUACAAACUAGAAACAUCGACCAUGCCGCCUUACGGAGAACCAGACUGGGCCACCCCCGGAAACACAUCCAAUGUUGCUACGCAGAAUGCAGGAACACCUACUGCAGCGACAGCUUCUUCAGGAAUGAACGGCAACAGCAGUGAAUCGCGGCAAAAGGCUCGAUGGGCGAUUUCAUUGCUGUCGUUUCUUAAUUUCGGGCUGGCUGCUAUGAUGGGAACUCUAGGUGUUCUCUCCCUCAUCCAUUUCAACCCUGGGAGUUCUUCGGACUAUUCAGCAGCAUUUCUUUCGUCCUACAUGGUCAUUUUUGCUGUGAUCUUGUUCCUCUACGAACUUAUUUGGUGGACACCAAUUGCCGCAUUGAACAAAAUGUUCCGAAUGAAUUUCGGUUUCAUGUAUGGAUUGCGAGGGAAAGGUCUUUUCUUGGUUUUUAUUGCGUUUCUUUGCCUAGGUCUUCGAGAUGAAAAUGCCUCUGGGGUGAAAGGAUUGGACUGGGCAACCGGUCUCGCUUGGUUGGGCGCAGGAUGUUUCAAUAUUUUUAUUUGGAUGACCUGGUCGGAAGCGUCUGCGGCUUACAAGCCACCGACAGCUGGUCUGACUGGACCCAGCGACAGUAACACCGUUGUGUAGAUCAAGUGAAAGGAUCAAGAGAAGGGAUGGUCAGCCAACCGCACUACAUCUUAAAGCCGAUUUUCGUGUACUUAGCUCUACUCAAAGUCUACCUACAGUCUAUGUAUGUCGGGCUCACGACGUCGUCCCCAUCAUUGUUUACAGGCGGGGAUCCGAGCCAUACAAUGUAGAUCACCCUUUAGUUCAAAAUCGAUGAAGGAGUUAGCAAUUCACAGUGAUGCGGUACACCGUUUCUGGCAAGCUGGAGCGAGCAUAGCGAAUGUGAAUGUACCAAUUUUAUGUUGGGUUGUAAUCCUACAAUGCGGCUCCUACAGCUGCAAAUUGUUGACCAUGCACAUCGAUAACUUAUCUAGACGUGGGACGACGUCUAUU